AUGGAUAACCCACCAAUCCUCGACCCCCCGACGGCCCCCCAACCCGAGAAGCAAGGCCCAAACAAAUUCAGCCGGUCCAAGACGAGCCCUAUUGAUUCGGAAACAAUUGGUAGCUCCGGUCGUAGCAAUGGGCGCUCGUCGAUCGAUUCUUCUUCCGACAGGCCCAAAUCGCAAGCUGGAGAGACAUCUGAUUCCGCUAAGGCAGGUUCCAGCGGAUUCUCAAAGCUACUCGCUUCCCGGAGGAAAAAGAAAAAGAAAGACGAACAAAAACAAAUGGAUGAGCUACCGACGCAAUUUGAGAUAGCGAAAGACGGUGAUACCCAGGAGAAUCGCCUAACCGCGUCGCGAGACGGAGCUUCAUCUGUCAACGACAAUCGAGAUCCCCCUAAGGCAGAAGUAGUUCAUCUUUUGACUAAUGAUUCUGAACCUGAUCGAACCCCGCCCCCUCUCUUAAGUCACAACUCGCAUAGCGGUUUCUAUACAAACUCCUCGCCCCUAAUACACACAACCUCGGUGGAUACUGCAAACGAUACGGAUGGUGUUCAGGCUGAUGUCGAGUCUGCUCGCAGUGGACCAAGUGCCACACACUCUAUUUCAGAGUCUAACCCCGAUACGGAAUUUUCCAUUCCGAAUCCUCAACCUACAUCAACAUUGAAUGUCCCAACAGAUCACAAUGGAAAGAAACGCGGUAUUUCCCCGGGAAGACGAUUUAGAAAUGCCUUUAGCUCAAAUCAGGAUAAGAAGAAAGAUCCAAACCGAGACCGGGCAUCUUCCACAACGUCAGGAGAGAGCAAGAAGGGCACGAUCCCCUUUAGUAGUCGAGGUAGAAAAAGCAGUGUAUCUUCCAAGAAAGAUCCCUCGGCCAUCACCGAACCUCCUCCGCCUCUACCACCUCCAAUUCGUACUGAUCUUCAGGUAGAGAAAUCUUCUGAGCGCUCAGAUGCCGCCGACCCAAAAACACCUCCUCACACUGCUCUCGCUGCUCCGCAAACCACCGUCACACCCCCCUCUCCUCAUGUUGAACAGCCGAUUUUCUUUACUUCUCCGGAUUCUUUGAAGUCAAAGGACUCAAUGCAGUCAGAGAUUGUUGUAAGUCCCUCGGGAAAUAUGAUAUCUCAUCGACGUGUGCGGUCCGCCUCGUCAGCUAGCCACAAGCCCAGUAAACUGUCGAAUUCUAUAUCUGCUCUGGGUCCAACCAUUGAAGAAACAAAAGCCGCCUCGAGAGAUCAGUCCACCGCUCAGCAAGGCGGCUUCUUUUCUUCCGUCUUCUCUGCAGCACAGAAUGCAGCGUCGAGUCUCAGUAACAGCCUCAAUUCACAAUCGAAGCCCCGCAGCCUUCCACAGCCUGAACCUACGGAAUCCCAAACUUCACUCCGCAAGGACGGAGAUAACAUCAAGGACUCAGACGGCAGCAACAAGUCGGACGAUAGCAAACCCUCGGCCAUUGAUACGUUAGGUUCUGGAGACCUGGACUUUAGCCAUUUGGAUAUCGCUAUCCCCCCUGGUGGAUCUGUCUCAACCCCUGACGGGGUUGUCAUCACCAAGCCCGACAUGCCCCCGGAGAAGCACAGAAGUAACACGGUCUACGAGCGCGAUGAUCAGGCUGCAAGAUUGGAACACAGGCGUGCUUUGCGUGCUGUAACCAUGGCGUAUGAGAAGCCGUCGGAUAUAUCAAUUGUACCCCCUUCCGAUGACAGUUUAGAGCUACAGUCAAGCGCGUCACUCUCGCGCGACCCUGGUGACCACACCCCUCCGAGCGGCAGUAUACUCGAGGGAGAAACAAACACCCGACCAUACCGAAGUGGGAGCGUUCGAAGUCGGUUGGCUCGACGGCGUCACCGAGGCUCGUCAGGGGCAACAACAUCGACGGUUGGUGCGAUUGGGGCUAGCUCACUAGCCCUCGGUGCUGUCGGUGCCAAUUCUAGUAUGCCACGACUUACUGGGUUUGCUGUUGCGAGCAAAAAGCGUAACAGGGAUUUCCACCAGCUCUUCCGGAGCGUCCCCGAGGAUGAUUACCUAAUCGAAGACUAUAGUUGCGCGUUGCAGCGCGAAAUUAUUCUCGCAGGACGAAUCUAUAUUUCGGAAGGACAUAUUUGCUUUUCUAGUAACAUUCUAGGGUGGGUUACGACCCUGGUAAUCAGCUUUGAUGAGAUCGUUGCAAUCGAGAAAGAGUCGACUGCAAUGGUAUUCCCGAAUGCGAUUGCCAUCCAGACUUUGCAUGCGCGACACACCUUCCGAAGCCUGCUCAGCCGAGAAUCUACCUAUGACCUGAUGGUUAAUAUCUGGAAGAUUAACCACCCCACCCUGAAGAGUUCCGUUAAUGGUACUAGAGUCACUGAGGGUACUGGAGACAAAACAGAGAAGGCUGGCGAGAGCGAUGCUGAAAGCGAUGAUGAAGACGAGAUCUAUGAUGAGGACGAAGAGGGCGAUCUUGCGGAUAGCUUCUUCGAACCCGGGGAAGGCAGCGUGAAUGGGAGUGAGAGAUCUAUACCCAUGAAGAGUCCAAGCCGACAGGCUUCCGGCCUCCUCAACGCCAACGGUGCGGUGUCCACAGCGGUGACUUCUAAUGGUGAAUCCAAGGGUGGAAAGUCUUUGUCAGGUGGAGAUGGAGACGCAGACUUUCCAGGUUCUGCUACUCAUCCGCCCACGGAGUAUACUGACCCUUCGGGUCAGUACGAUAAGGUGAUUAAAGAUGAGGUUAUCCCCGCUCCCCUAGGGAAAGUCUACUCCUAUGUCUUCGGGCCAGCGUCAGUCACCUUCAUACCCAAAUUCCUUGUUGAUAAUCAGAAGUCUGGAGACCUUCAGUUCGAAACUGAAAAAGGGGGCCUCACCAAUGAAAGUAAAACCAGAAGCUAUUCAUAUAUUAAACCCCUCCCUGGGUCAAUCGGGCCUAAACAAACCAAGUGCAUCAGCACGGAGAGCUUGGAUUUCUUCGAGCUGGAUAAGGCGGUUCUUGUGACACUAAGCACUCAGACUCCUGAUGUCCCUAGUGGUAACCUAUUUUGCACCAAGACAAAAUACCUAUUUACGUGGGCUGCGAACAAUCAAACGCGGUUUCUUAUGACUUGCUCUAUUGAGUGGUCGGGAAAGAGCUGGUUGAAGGGUCCCAUCGAGAAAGGUGCUAUUGAUGGCCAGACCACUUUUGGGAACGAACUUAUCAACGCUCUUAAGGCUGCCGUUGCCCGUCGCACAACGGCUCGGCCGGGUGGCAAGGGUAAGGGACGACGUACGAAGACAGACAUGGCCGCUGAAGAAGCGGCUGCAGCGGCUGUCAGAGCAGCCAACGAUGCAAAGGCCCGAGAAGCGCAGUCUUGGGGGUUCUUGGAGCCCCUUCAUCAGUUGUUCGGCCCCAUAUCUGACAUACUCAAACCAUUAUGGAGCGGAAAUAUUGCCUUUUUGAUUAUUGCUACUUUGCUCCUUAUGCUCUUCUUCCGAAGUCCGUCACGGCCACCUGUGAUGUCACAUGAUAUUGGUUGUCCCGGCUAUACAUUACCACAACGCCUGGCCGCUUACGAGGAGAUGUGGCGAAGGGAAGAAAGUGAACUUUGGAGCUGGUUGGAGGACCGAGUAGGCAUGGACGGCAUGUCCUUUCCCACGGUCAACAAACCGGUUGAGUCGCAAAUGCGCGAACAAUCUCGGUGGCUCCCGGGUGAUCGGCAGUUUAUCGAUAAGCUGAGUGAAAACAAAAUGUCGGAUCGAGAAAUGGACUAUGCUAUACGUACAACCCGCGAGAGACUCGAUACAUUGGAAAGAAUAUUGACCAGACGCAAAUCGCAAUCAGCAGCAAAACAAGAGAUGGAGCAUACCGAACUAUAA